GGCCCAAGGUCUCUCAAGUCUGAACCGCGUCGGUCCAGAAUCAGAUUACUGAGCCCUUUGCCCCUAACUCGCGCGGCCGCCGCCGGCUCGCCGGAGGGCGGCGAACCGUGACUCGCGAGGCGCCCUGCUACCACGGACGCGUCUGUCCACGCGCCUAGGUGUGUCUCGCCCUUCUCUCUCUGUCUCCUCUCCCAUUCCUUCCGUUGGGUCGGGCUCGUACGAGCGCUGGAGAGCGCGGGGUCGCCGUGCCGUGGCUGAGGCCGCGCCGGCGAUCCGAAAGUGGCCGCGGCGGCGGCAUGUUCGAUGGAGGCGUUGUCGUUUCGGUUUCGAGGAGAGGGGUCGAUCUGAGGGGGAGUCUUAGUAGGAUGUCAAACACCAUGGUAUGGACACCCUAAUUUGUUUAGUCCUCACCCCUCAGAUGAUGUGAUGUACAACUUGAUCCACUCAGGUCUGGCUGACUUGGUCUAUUGGAUUUAGAUCAGGCGCCCUGCCACCGUGAGGGUCCAAUGGCGGUUGUCAAUCCUGUUAUUUUUUACAGUCACCAUGGCGAGGCCCUAUAGUUUUCUUCAAGGGGGCAAGUACCUCUGUGAAGAAGAGGCUCUCGGUUGUCAAUCCUAUUAUUUUUGACAAUGAUGACGAGGGCCCGGUAGUAUUCAUUGGGAAAGUAUCUCCUUGAAGACGAGGCUGACCCCUUAAAGGUUUGGUUCAUCAAUUGCUACAAGGUCACAAUGAUGAAUAAUUUAGCGUUGAAGAUGUUGAUGGAAAUCAAAAGCCACAAGGUCACAGUGAAGAUCAUGCAAACUCAAGGAGUAGGAAUGGUGGAGCACAAAGUGGAAGACCCAAGAAGACACUCAAGGUACCACAUUGAUACCAAGCACUGAACAAACCAUGUUAGCUUAUAUUGAUCUCAGGAGAGAGCAAGCAAGCAUGGGACAGAAAGGGUCAAGCAAGGACAACAAUACUCGAUUUCAAGGUGCUGCCUGGUGUGGAUGAUGGUUCUGAUGAGAUCAAGGUCCUUACCUCUGCUGUUUUUAAAGAUGCAGCAAGUUGAGAGUUUUUUCUCUGCUGGGAAUCACUACUCUGUGGUUUGUGUUUGAAGAACUGGCUAAGCCUGGAACUCAAUUGCUUCCAUUAGGAGCCUCUCCUGCCGUUUUCCCGGUCAAAAAAAAAGAGUGUGAUUGAACAUCGCUUGAGGAGAUUGACGAAUGUCACUAAAAACCAAUUGUGCUUUAUGCCUGGGAGAUCAACUACGGAGGCGAUUUUGCUUCUGAUGUGGGUGCCAUGGCUGUUCGAUGAAAUGCUCCCAAGUACUGGCAGGCUUCAGUGUCCAUUGUGUCCUAGUUUGUAGCCAAUACUUCAGAUGGAUGCUGAAUGUGCGGUUGUUGACUAAUCUAUUUGGUUUUACGUUGUAUUAGAUUUGCAAAGGAGCUAUUGUUCCAUGCAGAUACUUAAAUUACUAUUUUAUUGGUAGUCUUCUUUAUUCCACCGCAUUUAAAUAACUCACUCCAUGUGGUACUGUGUUUAUAACCUGGUGGCCUUUGUCAAGAGGCAUGACAGCCCCAACGAACUACCAACUGAUGGAUAAGUCUCUGGAGGCACAAAUUCAGAAGUCAACUGAUGCCGAGUUAACUGGAGGAAAUAUUUUGAUGUAACCUGAUAGCAAUAUGGCGCCAGGAUUCUGACCAUUUACUAUCAGGUAGCAAAGACAAGUCUUCUUUAGUUUCUUUGACCUUAAUUUUGCCAAUGCCAUAAGUUUUUCAUUUAAUUGCAGUAGUAUUUAGUUGCAAAAACUAUUCAUUUUACAAACUACAACCUUUGCAUCUACAAUAGUUUGGUUGCAUUUGGAAGGUAAUUUCGUGCAGCAAAGCUGUUGCUACGACCUCACACCGACACACAGUUCAUAAUGGUCGUUAAUCAAACAAAGGUGAGGGAUCUUCCCUCAUUUACUUCUCUGAUUAUGUCUGUUGAGUUGCAAACCAUGAUUACUAACUAUGUACAGCCCAGAUUUAGCUGCUAGACUAUUGUUGACUAGGUGUGUUUAUUGUUGUUCUCCGAAGCAAACAUGCGCCACUCAUUGUGGAUCAGGCUAUAGCUAUACAAGGAAAUCUAGAAGUAGGUUUCUUUUAUGGUUGUUGUAACCUUUUAGUUUUUAUUUACUACACCUAGAUUUGAUGUUGGUAGUAGUUUUUCCAUUCUACUUAGUAGUUAGCAUCCUACCUAUUCCUUAUGUACCUUGGUAUUUCAGAUGGUUCACAGGCUUGGCUGAAAUAUUUGUUGCAGUUUAAUGCCUUUUGCCAUAUAUCCUUUUCCUUUACACUGCACUAAGUAACCUCCAGUUAUGCCAAGAUACAAAGUGAUUAUUCAAGAUACAAAGUGAUUAUUGUUGAGGUAUGUUAUUUUCAUUUGAAUAAUUGAUUCUGGCCAUGAAAAACUCGUCUUUCCGCUUGUCAACUGCUUUAUUGAGUGAGUACACAGGGAGUUGCAAGGCAAAUGAUUCCACUCAUCCCUCUACUUCAGUCUGUUUUUGGUGGGCUGGCAUGUUGCACAAAGCAUUUCUUCACGGAUAGUGUCCUCAUUAGUAAUUAGACUCCAGAUCCCAUCCAUUGCAAGAAAAUGUUGUGUUUGUUCCAUAUGAGUAUGGCUAGCAUGUGGGCCACGUUCGUUUGCCAAAAAAAAAUGGUUCACUUUUCUGUGAGGAUGCUUAUGAUCACCUACUCCGUCCGAUCCAUAAUAAGUGUCUCAGGUUUAGUACAACUUUGAACUAAACCUGAAACACUUAUUAUGAAUCAGAGGAAGUAGAUCCUAACAAAAAGACCUCACCUGGACUAUUUAUAUCCGCGGACAAUACCAUCCAUUUCUUUGGCUCAUAUGAUCUUGAGCUAUCCCACAUUUUUUACUUUAUUUAGAAAUAAUUCUUCUCAUGAUGUAGUAAAGAAAUGGUUAUUACAGCUUUAGAUGAGUGCUUUUGCUCAAGGCGAUUUGAUUUUAUCAUCAUGAUGUUCUCCUAAACAGGAAAUAUUUGGUAAACAAUAGGUUUAGUCUACUUUCUUCCUGAUGUUCUUCUGGGAAGGAAGAUGUAUUUGGUAAAUAAUACCAGGAUGGCAUCUUCUUAUUCUAUUCAAACCACAAUAGAGUUAUUUUACCCAAGAUUUUGUGAUUAUUUAUUAUGUUAUUUCUUCGCAUUCUUUCAUUACAUAUUUCCUCCUCAUAUCCGUCCCCCACAUCUCCUCAUAUCCCUCCGUCACAUCUCCCUAACCCUGACCUACUCCUCUUGCUCCCCACGCGAGGUCUCUGGCGGCGGCUUCCUCCGCUGGCCAUGGAGACAGACGUGGACAGGCCUAGUUCCAAUUACAGGAGGAGGAAAUCAGCGGCGGUCGAGAGCAACAAUGGUACGCUGUCGCCAUCGGCGGUGACGGAAUCGCCAGAUCUGGGAGUGGGUGAAGGUGAAGGAGGCGUGGAUCGCAUCAGCAACCUCCCCGACGAUAUCCUUGGCGAGAUCAUAUCGCUCAUCCCCACCAAGGACGGCGCCUGCACCCAAACCCUUGCGUCUCGGUGGCGCUACCUUUGGUGCUCAGCCGCCCCGCUCAACCUCGACUGUCGUGAACUCCCCGCCAGUAUGGAUGCCUGUGCCAAUGUUGUCUCGCAGAUCCUUUCCUCCCACCUGGGACCCGGCCGCCGUUUCUGCAUCCAUUCGCACUACCUCUUCUCUGGAUGGACCGCUGCUUUGGAUGUCUGGCUCAGGUCUCCGGCCCUCAACAACCUCGAGGAGCUUGAUUUUUACUGUCGGUCUCAGACCCUCGACGACCUCAAGCGUCGGGUGCUUGAUUUAUCCUAUGUCAUGAACUAUGAUCCAAAAAUGUUGGUCAAGAAUCGUGAUCCAAGAAAACGGUUGGUGCCGCCGCCAGCAUCCACCUUCCGAUUCGCUGCCACCCUCCGUGUUGCCACCAUCGGAAACUGCUAUCUGCUCUUCACCCUAAUCCAAUCACUUCACUUCCCCCAUCUUAGGAAGCUUGCACUUGAGCAUGUCUGCCUCUCAGAGCGCUGUCUGUAUGGCAUGAUUGCUGCUUGCCCUGCCCUGGAGUGCUUGUUGAUUGAAUUAUGCCAUGGCUUCCGUUCCUUCUGGGUCAACUCCAUUGGACUUAAAUCCAUAGCCAUGACAGUUGGUCUUUAUAAAGGGGGACGUUUCCAGUUUAAGGAGCUCAUCAUUGAGAAUGCUCCCUGCCUUAGGUUGCUCCAUGUUGGCCUACACUUUGACCUGCAUGUAUCCAUAGUCUCUGCCCCUAAAUUGGAGACCUUAGGCUGCUAUUUUUAUCAGAAUUUCCCCUCAUACAGGCUCGCGUUUGGCUCCACAAUUAUUCAGGGAAUUCCUGUUGAUAGCUUGGCAAUGGUGGUGCACACAGUCAAGAUUUUAGCUCUCUCUGUUCAUAUUCUAAGUUUGGAUACGGUUAUCAAGUUCAUGAGAUGCUUUCCGUGCUUGGAGAAGCUUUACAUUGAGACAUGUGAAAAGCCGCCAGACAAUGUGUGGCGUCGUGAACACCAGGAGCUGAGUAGAUGUUUUGACAUCCCUAUGAAGACAAUAGUGUUGCAGUUCUACCGAGGCACCAAGCUGGAAGUUGACUUCCUAACAUUCUUUGUUUUGAAUGCAAAAGUGUUAGAGUUGAUGACAGUUACUGUUGAAGACAACUAUUUCAAUGAGGAGUUCUUGGCACUGCAGCGCAUGAAUCUUCAGCUAGAAAACAGGGCUUCAAGAGGUGCUCGGUUUCGUUUUACAACCAAUAGACGUCUCCGCAAUGUUUCCAGCAUUGAGCAUGUCCAUGAUUUGGAUUUAGCUGAUCCAUUCAUGCAGUGAUGUUGAAACUGGUUUUGUCCUGUUGUCCAUCUCAUCGGUUCUUUUGUCCAACCUUGAAUUGUUCUGUGGAUUGUAAUAUUUUGAGUUUGUAUUUUUUUUUUCUCGAACCUCAUGACAUUUAAUUACCAAACUUACUGUAUCGUCAGUUUUUGAUAUUCUAUGUGACUAAGCUAGAAUUCGUGAAACCUUGUCAUGCAAAAUCACCGUGACAAUAGCUUUACAGUCA